UCGUGCUUGCACCAUCAUUCAUUUUACACGAGCAAUAUGAGUAAAAUUAUUCUUUUGUUAAGUCUGAUCUCGUUCAGCAGCCUGGUAUUGGCUAGCCAUUAUGAUGAGGACCAAGGUGGAUCUUCAUAUGAAGAAAAAACACAACAUGUAGAAGUACCAAUUAUUAAGAAAUAUGCCAUACCUAUUCCACAUCCAGUGCCUUAUGAAGUGCCAAAAGAAAUUAAAAUACCAAUUCCUCAGCCUUAUCAAGUACCAAUCGAAAUUCCACAUCCGUAUCCAGUCGAAGUAGUCAAGCAUGUCGAAAUACCCAUUGAAAAACCCGAGCCUGUUGUUGUUGUGAAGCAUGUUCCUUAUAUUGUGGAAAAGCCAUAUCCUGUUUAUGUGGAGAAAAAAUUUCCUGUACCAGUGGCAAAACCAUAUCCCGUUCAUGUCCCGAUUUACAAACACGUGUUUCAUUCUACAUCAUCACACAAGGGUAAAAAGCAUUAAACUUUUUUUAUGGAUAUUAAAUAUUAAAUUUAAAUUGCUUGCGCCAAAGGAGCACAAAGCCUUUUAAUUUUAAUAGAGAUAAUCAUUUAUUAAAAAAUUGUUUGUCGCAG